CCUCUCUCUCUCUCUUUUUUAUUUAUUUAUAAUUUUUAAAAAACCGCUCUUUACCGACUUUCUCUCUCUCCUCCAGUGUCCUCACUCGCACACGCAUUAUCAGAUCACUCUCUUUUCCUUUCAAACUUUCAGCCACCGCUACUCGCUCGCUCGGUCACCAACUCCGCUAUUGACGCCGUCGCCGGCCACUUUUCUCCGACAUCAGUUAUUUCAAUUUUUCUCUUAUUUAGUGAUAAAGUGAUCUCUGGAUAAAAGAAAAAGUGAUUAUAACUAAAUUUGUCAGUAAAUAUUUUUUUUAUGCAGAUGAAUGUGAAAUUAUUUUGGAGAAAAUUGUUAAUAUGGGACCUGACUUGGAGAAAUCAAAAGUGACAAAUGGAUUUUUAGCUAACAAAGAUCAAGAAGAUAAGCAGCUUUUGCAGUGUAUAAAUAACUAUGAAGACGAUAACUUUAAUGAGGAGGCUUUAAAUAAGGUGCCAGCUCGAAAUAAGGAUAUGGAAAUUGAUAUAAUUGGAUGUACAAAAUCCGGUGAUAAUGGAGAAGUUGAAGCUAGAUAUGAGGAGGAGGAUGUUACUGAGAGUAUGAGUUCUUUUGGUGACUCAUUAUCUGAGAAUGAGAACGGUUCUCCGUUGUUGGGCGAACUUGAAGUCGAUUCGCGAUUAUGCGAAGGGGUUUUUCCUGCAUCAUCGACGGUGUUUGAUGGAUGUGGUGGUGGAGCAUUUCAAAUGAGGAGGAAAAAAUUGACAGACCAUUGGAGGAGAUUUAUUCGUCCGCUUAUGUGGCGAUGCAAGUGGAUAGAAUUACAAAUUAAAGAAUUUCAGUCCCAAGCACUAAAGUAUGACAGAGAACUUGCAGAACAUGCACAGAGAAAACAAUUUGAUUUUGAUUCAUUUGUAGUAGAAGGAUUUGAUACGAAGUCACUGCCAUUUUCAAGUUGUAUUCAAAGGAAGAAAGUUAUGAAGAGAAAGAAAAGAAAAAGAGUCGAAGAGAUGACCGAUGUAACAUCAUAUAUGCUACAACAUAACUUGUUCUCCUAUUAUGAGAAUAGGAAGUCUGCUGCCAAUGUUGCUCCGAUGAAUGAUGAUUAUGAUAAUUUAGGUAAGGCAAUCAGUGCUAAUGAUGAGUUUGGGUUUCAUGAUGGAUGGACAUCUUUUGAAACCAAAGAUGAAGAUAAUAUCCAAGAAAACAUUCUUUGGAAGAUUGAGGUGUUACAAUUGCAAGUCCGUAAGUUAAAGGCCCGGAUUGAAAAGGUGGUGAGUGAGAAUCCUGGGAAAUUCUCUUCUGUUAAUAGGUUGAGCAUGCCUGCAUCUGGUGAUGCAAUGACCGGCUCUGAUCAUAAUCCUGUUUCUGCUCCUGAAGAUGGUGAUAGAAUGUGUCCUAGAUCUCUAUACACCUUGUCACAGCAUGCGUGUGACUUUAAUAUGGGAGAUCUUAUGCCUGACAGUGUGGUUUCAAGUCACGGAGAGGUCACCCCUCUUCCUGAUAUGAUUGAAGGCACAGGUCAGCCUCUGGGAGUGUCAGAUGUAAAUACUGAAGAGGAAAAUCUCAUGCAUAAUCAGGCAGCAAAGGAAGAGAUGCAGGACUUCAAAAAUAUUGCAAGUCAGCAAGCAGAAGUAGCGAUGGAAAAGCAGACAGUGCGGGUCUCUCAAAUAGAAAACCCCACAGACACAUUCGUGCCUCGGGUGAAUUUUGGCGGGAAAACACUUCCAAAAUCCCGGUCUAAUAUAUCCAAUAACAAGAGAAAGAGGGGGAGGAGAAAAUCUCGUAGAGGUGGCUGGAAUCAUAAAUCCUGAGCUUAGGUGGAUAAGAAAUUACUUGGAUGUCAAGUAUGUGUGCAAAGGCCAACAUUCUUAGAACCAGAUGUUUUCAGCCACCUCUGCUGCAAGAUGAUAAUUGUACAUGCUGCAUAUUCUGAUGUACAUCUUCCUUCCCGCUUCUUUCUGCUGCGACAUAACUCUGUAUAUGCUGCGUAUUUUUUGAUCCAUAUUUAUGGUAUAGCACAUUGGAUGCUUGUUAACGAUGGGCUAUGUUAAUAUUUUUUAAGAUGGGCUAUGUUAAUAUUUUUGAUAUAGUAAUUAAAAUUUUUAGUGUAAA